UUGUAUCGGUUGCCUUACUUGUUUAUACUUUCAAUUACAUUUCCGGUGUAAACAUGGCCGAAAGAGUCGACUUUGCCGAGAUUCAAGUUGCGGGAGAUUAUGGCUCUGAAUUUGAAUACGAUAGUGAAGCUGACAGGCGAAGACAACGAGAUGAUAAUUUGAUGAAGAAAAGGAAAAGGACUACAGAUGGAAAACCUAAAAGACGAGAGGCUGAAAAUGAAUACAGCAGAGAGGAAGCGAAAGUGCAGAGAUUUCACAUUGUCAGCUUGGAUGCUUUUUCAAGACAUAAAAAGUUUGUUAAUGACUACAUGCUGUAUUAUGGAGGGAAGAAAGAAGACUUCAAACGGGACACGUCCAGAGACAAGACAGAUAUUGAUGUGAUACGAGAGAACCACCAGUUCUUGUGGGAUGAAGACGAAGGAGAAAAUGAUGAUACUUGGGAAAGGCGAUUGGCCAAGAAAUAUUUUGAUAAACUUUUCAAAGAGUACUGCAUUACAGAUCUUAGCCGAUACAAAGAGAACAAGGUCGCCAUGAGGUGGCGUACAGAGCAAGAAGUUGUAGACGGCAAAGGUCAGUUUAUAUGUGGCAGUAGAAAGUGUCCGGAGAAAGAAGCACUUAGGAGCUGGGAAGUGAACUUUGGAUAUCUAGAACAUGGCACCAAGAAAAAUGCACUUGUUAAAUUAAGGCUAUGUCCAGACUGCUCCUACAAACUCAACUAUCACCACAAGAAAAAAGAAAUUUUACCAAAAAAGAAAAAGAAGAAAGACAAAAACUCUGAAGAAAGUGACAAGGUCAAGAGACACAAGACAGACCAUGAUCAUUCUGGAGUUGGGUCCAGAGCUGAUACAACAGAACCUCCAGGAGGGUCGGAAGAGCCAAGUCAGUCAAUCUGGGCGGGACCGGCAAAAAUCACAGAAGAGAAAUCACGAGAGGAAGAGUUUGAUGAUUACUUCAAUGAUAUGUUCCUUUGACGACGAAGAUCUCUUCAACAGAACUUCAAUAUCGCACUUUUUUUUUUAUUAUGAAGAACUAUAGAGUAUUAAAUUUUUUUUGUUUAUACACAUGAAGUGUGUUGUUCUCAAUAAAAUGGGAAGAUACAGAUACAGUAUACACAAAGUGAAAGGAGUGAAAAUGAAAAAAUAAAUCUUGUGUUAUCUU